AUGGCCCUAGUGCGGCCCUGGGUGUCUCUAGCGGCCCCCAGCACCACGAACAUAAGAGGGAACUUGAAGGGACAGGUGUAUGGGCUUGCUGUAGCACCAAUGAGAAGCAUGUACGACCUCAUACGUAUCCGAAAACUUCGGGGUAGCGUUCAAUGGAAACCAAACUCGACCUACCCCGAGGGCGACUUCAUCCUUGAAGGUCUUUAUUCAGGCGGUGAAACUGGAAUACCUGUUUACUUGGUUCUCUUUCUCUCAUCAAAUGCUGAAGGCUGGGAGGAAUUUGGCUUUACUGACCGUGAUAUGCUACGACAUCUUUGUGUCUCUCGCGUAUAUUAUAUGCCUGACCCGAUUGCAAAAUCUCGAUCAUGUUCAUGCUCCUUUGCGUUGUGGCUUUCUACUUCUCAAACCUCAGCUUGGCGCUCUCCGGGCUGGUGGAGAGAAGUGCCAUUGAGAUCAAAAUGCAUCAAUCCUUCAGAAGCUAUUUGGCGAUAUGUCGAGCAACACGAUGACGUCUGGCUCAAUAUGCUUGGUGCAUCUGACCUUGAACCGUUUCAGGACAGACGCCUCAACGACGCGAGGCGACAUACGUCUUUCUUACCUGGCUUACAGAAGCGGAACCUAACAUGUUCAAACGCAAACAAGGAAAGCAUUUUAACUGAGAAGUGGCGAUUUUUUCCGCAACCUCGCUCAGUAUACAGUGCUCCGGUUGCUUCCUAUCCAUCUAAAGGCGUUGUCCUUGAUCACCACGUUGCCCGCUUCCAGCUGAACUGCUUUGCCGCGCUUAGCCGACCCAAGACGGGGUCUUCCGAAUUACUCUUCAAAUCACCCUCCUAUAGCGGCCGCGAAGCUUUAAGUUUAUCCCUAAACAAAAAUUACGAAUUUCAAUUUAUACCUGAGAUAAGAGAAAUGAAAAUAGAGCAAUAUCAGCUGCAACUAGCUUACCAGGGGUACGAAUUUUCACGAACGCCAUGUUUGCUUUCUGCGCUACCUUUAUUUGGGGAGAGCCAAACGGUCUUGGCCAGAGUUUUAAAUAGAACAGAUCGCCUCCUUAUCGCGAAGAAAUUUAUGAGUCGUCGUAUCGUCGCUAGAUUCGAGAGCUUCUUGAACAGUUUAAGGUGGCAGACGGGGCCUAGGGUGGAAGUGAGGAGAACGACAAAUAGGAGCCUCGAGGCUAACCAGAGCCACAUUGUUUGCAGUAACGGAGCUCUCCAAGCCCUACUAUUGCUGGCCUUAAGUCACAUGACGGUUUCUCAUGCCUAUGGUACUCCUCCUAGCUUCACACACAUCGAUAUGAUUGGCGAUUACAGGGUGUACAACCGGAUAGCCGUGUUCGGGAUUGACAAGUGGAACACCUGCAGUAGCAAACCUGGUCACCCACCCCUCCAUUUUGUAUGCUACGGAACGCCAAAAAAAGUCGAAAAGCUCCGUUGCAGCUUCAUUGAACUCUCUCUAUCGACGCAGUACCCGUCCCAUUGUCGCAUCAGCCAAACCCUGAUACAAAGGCAACGGCCGCCUCACUGCUAAUAUAUGGGGUGGCUAAAACCCGAGCCAACGAUCUUAUCGCUGCCGUCAAUCAACCCAGCCGAAUUCAUCAACAAAGGACCUGGAGGAUAAGGAAGAGUGAGAAGCCUUGGGGAGGCUCUCAGUCGAUCCAAAAAGCGAGUGGUCCUCCCUGAUUCACAACUGAGAGCGAUUUGAGUAGCCCUACAGAGGGUGCAGAGGACGAAAAC